AACGAAUAAGUGUGCUGUAGUCAGGAGUAAAAAAAAAAGUCCCAUUAAAUAGGCCCAUGAAGAUAAAGAUUCAGUUUUUUUCCUUAACCUGCAACAUGACUGCCUCGGAAACUUUGUGGCUUAAUACAUCAUCUACAUCCUAGCCAUCCUUUCAGUUUCUGCAUGGUGAAGUCUAUAAAACAGAUCAGGGCAGUCGGUCAGAGAGAGUAACAGGAUACCUGGUUUCGCUUUCCACUUUAAGCAAGAGAAGGUGCGCGAGGCGCUCCGGCUUCUGGCACGCACAGUUCAAAAUGUUUCACAACUUUAGCCCGUGUAAAUACUUACCUGCAGUACUGGCGCUGAUCUUGGUUUUCACCUACCAUGCUGGUGGAUCUACAGACGAAGACCCUAUUUUCAAAUGCUUACAAGACUCUGAUUAUGAUUACCUUCUGAAGCUAACAGAACAAGGUCUCCCUCCAUCGCAGAACCCUCAGCAUGUGGUAAUCGUCGGAGCAGGUGCUGCUGGACUCACUGCUGCAAAGUUCCUGGAGGACGCGGGACAUAAGGUGACUGUUAUUGAGGCAAGUGAGCGUAUAGGUGGAAGAAUUCUAACAUAUAGGGACAAAAAAGAGGGUUGGUAUGCAGAACUCGGUGCCAUGAGGAUCCCAAGUUUCCACAAGAUUUUUAGGCAUUUUGCACAAAAGCUGGGCCUGGAGUUCGGACCAUUCGUACAGGACGAUGAAAACACAUACUAUUUUAUAAAUGGAUUGCGUUUUAAAACCUACACUGUAAAGCAGAACCCAGACAUCCUGAACUACCCUGUGUAUGACUGGGAGAAGGGGAAAAGUGCCAGAGAACUGUUUGACAUGGCUUUGGGCAAGUUAAAAGAUGAACUGCAGAAAAUGGGCUGUGAGAAAAUGUUGAACAAAUAUGAUUCAUACUCAGUUAAGGAGUAUUUAGUUAACGUGGGAAAUCUGAGCAGAGGAGCUUUGCGAAUGAUUGGUGAUGUCCUGAAUGAGAACAGCUUCUUCUACACGGCCCUCACUGAGAUGCUUUACAUCCAGUGUGAUAUAAAUGACAAUGACACGUAUUCUGAAUUUAAAGGUGGCUUUGAAUCAUUCUCUAAUGCAUUCUACACGGUACUAAAUGCAACGAUUCUGAAGCGUUCAAAAGUCCAGGCCAUCAGUCAAACACAGAACAACGUGACAGUUUCAUAUGAAGACCGGCACAACCACGGCACCCUGACCAACAUUACUGCAGAUUAUGUGUUGGCGACGGCCACAGCAAAAGCAACGCUCCUCAUUGACUUUAAGCCUCCUCUGUCGGCCGAAAAGAUGGAGGCACUGCGGUCGCUGCAUUAUUCCAGCUCCACAAAAGUAGUGCUGAGUUUCAGCAAAAGGUUCUGGGAGAAUGAUGGCAUCCGGGGUGGGAAAAGCAUCACAGAUCUGCCAUCACGUUUCAUCCACUACCCCAGUCAUAAUUUCUCUGGGAUAUCAGGCGGCGCUGUCUUGGCUUCUUACACCUCCUCUGAUGAAGCUGCAUUCCUACAGACUAUAAAUGAAGAUGAGUUGAAGUAUAUGGUGUUGAAUGAUCUGGUGAAGAUCCAUGGAGAACACAUCCGCCAGCUCUACACCGGGGGUGUUGUGAAAAAGUGGGGACUGGAUCCUUAUAGCCAUGGCGCCUUUGCCAUUUUCACUCCAUUCCAGAUGAGAGACUAUAGUAAGUCUAUAGUCCAGAACGAGGGGAGGAUUUACUUUGCAGGAGAGCACACGGCCAGACCUCACGCCUGGAUUGAGACCGCCAUGAAAUCUGCUCUGAGAGCUGCAGAUAAAAUAAAUAAUGCAAAGUUUUGACCGACUACACUCUCGGAGAUGUCAAAAUAUGACUUAAAACAAUGGAUAUCACCGCACUCUGACAACCAUCGUCUUUGCCAGACUUUGUUACUUCAACUGCCAUGAUACUAAAUGUCAAAUACCAACUGUUUUGUGGAGUAAAUGAGUAGAUUGAGUUGAGGGAUGUGGUUGACAUUUUGGAGUUGUUUGAUGUUUUAUUAAAUUGUAUGUAAAUUUAAGAUGCUAGUGAUCUUCUAAGCAGUUAUGCAAGAAUCAUGACACUCAGUACAAUAUAUCAUUAUUAAUUAACCUGUAACAAUGCAACUAGAUUCAGUGUAUUAUUAUUUUAUUUUAGAUUACUGACAUGGUACUUUACUGAAUAUUCUAGUACUGUAUUUACAGACUAUUUUAUUAUUAACAACAUUAAUCAUAUAUUUUCUUCAAAUGAAAUGAAAUUGUAUUUACGUGCGUUUUGUUAUAUAUUUACAAGU